AUGGCUUCCAAGAGGCAUUUGCAGAGUUUGUUCAACAGAAUUUGCAGGGAAAGUAGAAUUAUUAGGAGUUUUGGUGCUCUCUCUGAAAAAACCAUGCCUUCCUCUUCUCAACACCUCAUUAAUUUGGAAUAUGAAUGCAGUGCCCACAAUUAUCACCCCGUUCCAAUUGUAUUCUCUCAAGCGAAGGGAUCAUCUAUAUGGGAUCCUGAAGGCAACAAAUAUCUUGAUUUUCUCUCAGCCUACUCUGCAGUUAAUCAGGGACAUUGUCAUCCAAAGAUUGUUAAAGCAUUACUAGAACAGGCAGAAAGGCUCACUCUUAGCUCUAGAGCCUUCUAUAAUGAAAGAUUUCCAAUAUUUGCAGAGCAUCUAACCAGCAUGUUUGGUUAUGAAAUGGUCUUACCAAUGAAUACUGGUGCCGAAGGUGUAGAAACAGCUCUGAAGUUGGCAAGGAAAUGGGGCUAUGAGAAGAAAAAGAUUCCCAAAGAUGAGGCUAUCAUUGUCUCGUGUUGUGGCUGCUUCCAUGGUCGUACAUUGGCUGUUAUUUCUAUGAGCUGUGACAAUGAGGCUACUCGUGGUUUUGGGCCCUUGUUGCCUGGCCACCUCAAAGUUGAUUUUGGUGAUGAAGUUGCUCUUGAGAAGAUAUUUAAAGAAAAAGGAGAUCGGAUAGCCGGAUUUCUUUUUGAACCUAUCCAAGGAGAGGCUGGGGUUAUAAUUCCUCCAGAUGGUUAUCUAAAAGCUGUCAGAGAUCUUUGCUCAAAAUACAAUAUUUUAAUGGUUGCUGAUGAGAUACAAACUGGCUUGGCACGGACAGGAAGAAUGCUAGCUUGCGAUUGGGAAGAAGUUCGCCCAGAUGUUGUAAUACUAGGAAAAGCAUUGGGUGGUGGAGUGGUUCCUGUAAGUGCAGUGCUUGCAGACAAAGAUGUUAUGCUUUGUAUCAGACCAGGAGAGCAUGGAAGCACCUUUGGCGGAAAUCCUUUGGCUAGUGCAGUUGCUGCUGCUUCACUAGAGGUUAUCAGAGAUGAGCGACUCGCUGAGAGUUCUUCUAGUUGGCGGAACAAAAAGUGAAUUUCUUGUGCUUGGCAUUCGUAAGUUGAGUUUUGUCAUCAAUUGUUUAUCUUGUGCUUUACUCGAUUUGCUUGGCUUAUUAUUGGGCUUGCAAUGGUUGCGCUGGCAUUUAGCUUCACUCAGCUCAUUUAGCUAAUGAGCUCUAGUCUAAUGUUCAAGCUCGGCUCAUUUCACUAAUGAACAACACAUGAAUGAGCUUUUUAGCAAGCCACACCCAUGCUGUCAUGAACAACUUGGUUCAUUUACAGCUCUACAGGCUUCAAUCUAUGAAAAGUUGUUAAACUACUUAGAUACACUUAACCCCUUAAGUUUGUGAUAUUAUCACUCCUAGCCCCGUCAUCUGGGAAUCUAACUUGGUCUUCCCUGUUCAAUAAUGUAAAUUUGUUACUGUUGUCUCUCUCUCUCUCUCUCUUCACUACUUGUUACUCUGCA